AUGAAGCCGUUAUCGAUCGCAACGGCCCUUGCCGGCAUCGUUUCGGCUGUUCUGGCGGCCGAGCCACGCCAAUCAAAGGAUAUCCUCCCCAAAGACUUCAAGCCGCCGCAGGUCUACAAGAACGCGAAUUUGGUACACAUCGUCUCAUUGGAGAAGAACUAUGCCAAGGAGCAGAUCAAUGCUGUCAUUGAGAACGUGUCCUCGGAGCCUCAGUACGAAUAUUACGUUCCAUUCACGGCGGAUCAGUUAAGUCGAGUUGGAGGAUUCGAGGUCAAGGAUCGUAAAGACGCCAGCGCUGGGAAAUUCGUCGCGGAUGUUGUAGACGAUGUCCAAUAUUACCGCAUCCGACUGCCGACGCCUCUCGAGGCUGGCGGCCAACAGACUCUCGGCAUCUCGUUUUACUACCUUAGAGCCUACAAGGCCCUACCCGCCUUGAUUGACCAGACCGAUGAACAAUACCUGUCUUACGACUUCUCCAUCUACGCCCCCUCCGCAUACCCGACGCUGAAGCAGAAGACUGAGGUCAAGGCCGGAUCCGCGAAGAUCCCAGACUAUACCAAACUAGCCGGCACAGGGGACGUCCCAGAAUAUCCCCAGAAGCAGGGUACAAAGUUGACAUACGGCCCGUUUGACGAGAAGCCGGCUGGCGCAUUUUCACCGGCCACGAUCCGAUUCGAGUUUACCAAGCCAGUCAUUCACAUCUCGGCCUUGGAGCGUGAUAUUGAGGUCAGCCACUGGGGCGGAAACGUUGCUUUUGAGGAGCGCUAUACGAUUCAGCACCUCGGCGCCAAUCUGUCGACCCAGUUCAACCGCGUGAAGUGGGCUCAGUCGCAGUUCAUGAACCCCAACUCGCAUGCCCUGAAAGAGUUGCGUGUGCCUCUGCAAGUCGGAAGUGACGACGCUUACUUCACCGACACUAUUGGCAAUGUAUCUACAUCUCACUUCAGAAGCAAUAAGCGCGAGGCUGUCUUGGAGCUGAAGCCACGCUACCCCAUCUUUGGAGGGUGGAAGUAUCCCUUCACUAUCGGGUGGAACUCGAAUGCCGCCAACUACCUGCGCAGGACCGCAACUGGUGGUUUCGUUUUCCGAACACCGUUCCUCGAGGGCCCCAAGCAAGCAGAGGGUGUCGAGUACGAGCACAUCGACCUUCGCGUCCUGCUGCCUGAGGGUGCACAGAACGUCAAGCUGCUCGCUGAUAUCCCCGAGUCUUCCAUCAUCGAGCACACUGUUGGUCUACACAAGACCUACUUGGACACGAUUGGUCGGACUGCUGUGCACAUCAAGGCGCGGAACCUCGUGGACGAGUUCCGUGACCGCGAACUCAUCAUCACAUAUGACGUUUCGUCCAGCAUCACUCUGAGGAAGCCAUUCAUCGUGUUCGCCAGCAUGCUAGCGGUUUUCACACUGGCUUGGGCGGUCGGCAAGAUCGACGUUGGGUUCGCGAAGACGAAGCAGGCGUGA